AUGGACGAAAGUGACUGUGGUAGCACGUGCACGGAGCGAACGGCAGAGAGAAAGAUGAAGGGUGGGAUAAGGGAGAAGGAAGGAAGAAGAACGACGGACUUGGUGGCAAAACGAAGAAAUGGGAACCGAAGAGCACACUGCGCCGGGCUCCCUCCGGAUUCGGCCGUUACCUCGCUGGCUCCGGUCGUAAUUAAAAAAGAUAAAACCGGGAGUAUUACUUUCGCGGUUUCCGUCUUUAUCUCGAUGGUGUGCCAAUCCAUCGUGGUACGCCUAAAAGUACGCCGCAUACAUAAGUCGGUGCCCAGGCAGAGAACGUAUAGCGGUUUCGCCGUGGCUCAUUAG